AUUAUUUUGGCAACAACAACUACAAUCGUAACAAUAAUAGUAAUUAUUAUUAUUCAAAUAACUGUAAAGUGAACGAAACGCUCCUCCACUUCUCCAAAAAAAAAAAUCUGCAAUCACCGAUCGUUAUCUCGCAUUAGCGCGUAUUAAUUAUUACUCGUCGUUUUGAAUUAGCAUUUCGCUGCUUAUUCACGCAAUCCCAUGUAUGAUGUGUAUCCAUUCCAUUCGUGAACACUACGUGAGAUGAACAAUACGUGUACACACAUUUUAUUCGACUGAAGCAUUGUAAUGCUUACAUUCGUCUGUGAAUGUCACUACUGGACGUUGAAAAACGAUCUGAACAUCAGCUAUACAGAUUUUAGUCAUUUCAAGUAUAAUGAGAAAAAAGAAACGGAAACGUCUACAGACAAGAUCAUCAAGAAAAACUAUGUCGAAGCAAGUGGAUGUAAUUGGUCCGUGUCUAAUAAGAGACCGUUGAAAUUGAGAGAUUCUUUAAAAUAUUUUGAAACUGAACUAAACGAUCAUCAUGUAAUUGCUGUUGAAUGGAUAAAAAAAGACAAAAUUGCGUUUAUAGUUAGUAAUGGAUCAACCAUAUUUGUCACAUUUGAUCCUGUUACUUGUGAUAUAGUAGAAAUUGUUACAGAUAAAUUUUUGCAAUCAAAAUUUCAAUGUGAACAAUUAAUUAAUGUAUCGUAUGCAAAACAAGUACUGUUAUGCUCUUUUUUGGAUCACAAAUUAGGCAUUAUACAUUUUGGACGUUCAUUUGAUCGCACACUGAACAAAUGGUCCUUUUUAGAUCCAAAAAUUGGAUUAUUGGAUUUCAGCAAUUCUAUUACUAAUAGAAAAAAUGAACGAAAAAUAACAUUCAAUGUAUCCGCAACAAUGGUGGCUACGUGGUCCAAGUCAUCAUUGAAUGAAGUUUAUCCGUGGAAUCCGUUGGUGAAAGAUGAACACAGAGCUAAUGUCCAUGUAUAUAAAAUCAUUGGGCCUCGGCUAGAACUUUGUUGCUAUUAUCAUACAAAACAAGAUCCUAUCAUUGUAUCAUUUAGUAAAACAAUAUCAAAUAUUAUAUUCAUUUUGGAACAAAAGAAUUGCAACGAUUCUCGUAUCGAUUUUAGUACAUUUGAAGUGACCAAUACAAAAUUACAUCUAGUCAAGGUAGUGACAAUAAGUCCAUUUGAUUGGUGUUCUGCUACCAUAGUAAAUGCGUGGUUAAACAAAGAUGACACGCGUAUAUGUUUCUCAUACAACAAUUCUGUACUGUUUAUCCACGAUUUCAAAUUAUCUAUCACAUGUUCAGUAAAAACUGCUUUUCCUGUGGAGUAUUUGGAUUGGCAUCCAGAUGGUAAUAUGAUCGCUGUGUCAGAUAGCAAUGGUAGAAUACAAUGUUAUGAUUCAUGUUUGUCAUGCAUUCGUCUACAACCAUUGACUGAAGAAGCAAGUUCAUUAGUUUGGUUAGAUGUUCAAUCCAAAGUUGGGAACAAAAAACUCUUCUUCAUGAAAUGGAUGCCAUAUGAAAUGACAAAACACCCUGUGAACCAAUCUGAUGCCGUUCUUCAUCUCGUGUUUGAAAAGGGCCCUGUGAUUGCCAUUAAAGUACUUGGCGUUGGGAAGUUAUGUGUAAAUCAAUUGGUUUCCAUGUACUUGAAUGAAAAUGAUGUUGAUCAUGCACUCAACUUUCUACUGGGACUAGAUUGGCAUUCUGAAGGGCCACUGUGUUUAACGAUCUUACAACAAAUUACAAAUUAUUUGUUUCGAUUGCCAUUUACUCCCGUAAGAGAAGUGCAACUACAAUCUGCAAUCGGUAGUUACUACCAACCUGUUAUACCGUUGAGUGAAGAUGCAAAACAUGAAUAUUUUGAACCUGUUCGAAAUAUUGCACGACGUUUUUUUCAUCAUUUAGUGAGAUAUGAGCUUUAUGAAAAAGCAUAUAGUUUAGCCAUUGAUUUGAAUGACAGAGAUUUAUUUAUGGAUCUAUAUUGGGCAACGAAAUCAGGGAUUGGCACUAGAGCUAUGGCAACCAUGGCGUUGGAGAAAGCAAAUCAAAUUGUGUCAUCCGAAUCAGACGAUUCACAUUCUAGUCAGUCGUCUGAUUGCGAUUGCACAGACUGUCAUUCAAAUUCCCCGUCAAGCUCAUUAAGACCACCUUUGCCAAAUGUGCCCCUCGCAACUUCUUCCCCAACAUUAUUCAUUCCGUCAAUUUCAAAUAACAGAUCCCCAAAUAAUGUUACAACUAUUAGUGUACCAUAUACAGGUUCUCAUAUUGACCACGUUCGUCCAAAAAAUAUAGAGCUACCAACAACUUCAUUGGACAGUGUACCACACUUAAAAUAUCCUUUUGAACAGCAAUUACUCACUCAAAAUACCCAUUUAGAAAACAAUAAUCAACAAAGUCAAAUUUCAACUAAACCACAACCUGAUAAAACUAUUAAAGUUGUCCAUUUUGGUAUUGUAUGAUCUUUUUUCAUCAAAAAAAUUUGUAUUUAUACAGUAAACAAAUGUAUUAUAAGUAAACUAUAAAGACUGCCUAAAUUUAUAUCAAUGUUUUAUGGAUUAACUUAAUAUUGGAUUUAUGUGUCAGCACAUACGUGUUUAUAAAGCAAAAUACAAUGCUGUUUUAAUUUUAAUAUAUUUAUGACUACAUAUAAGAAAUAAGUUACAUAAAUACUCAUUAAGGUGGUUGGGUAUUUAUUUUAUGAAAUAUAUAUAAUAUACCUUUAAACUUUUAUAUUAUUUUUCUUGCCAAUUGUACCAAAUU